CUCCUCUUAUCUUCUCUCUUCCCUCUAGUGAGAACCCUAAACCCUUGCCAUCACUUGCCAGCAACCCUGCCUUCUCUACCUCCACGUGAACCGCCAACCACCGCCAUCAUCACAGCGGCCUGUCAGCACCGUCAGCAAACACCAGCCACCGUCGGAAGCCUACCACCGCACUUAACGCAGCCAUCCUUCACUACUUUAUUCUUCCUCUUCCCAUAUUGAGGGAACAGAAGCACUGUUUUUUUGAGCCUUGAAAAUUGCAUUGGAGAUGCCUGCAUUUUCUGUGGCAAGUGCAUGUAGAGCACCCACAACCUCUAGUGUCAGUCCUAGAUUUCUUUAUCCUUUUGCUUCUUCAAAGUCACGCUUUCAAUCGACUGUAGUAGUUUCAUCUCAUUGUGGAUUGUUGGAACUCAAAUUGAACUCUUUGCAAAUUAAAGCUAUGGCACUGUCUGAAUCCAUCUCUACUUCAGAAUUGGAGUCUUCCUCUAUUGCUUCAGGCUCAGGGAUCAAACGAGCAUUGAUUUCCCUAUCCGAUAAGAGUGGUUUAGCUUUGCUUGGAAGCGGCUUGCAAAGUUUGGGAUUCACAAUUGUUUCAACCGGAGGAACUGCAACUUCUUUGGAAAAUGGUGGGGUUUCUGUGACUAAAGUGGAGCAGCUAACAUGUUUUCCUGAAAUGCUUGAUGGCCGUGUAAAAACUUUGCAUCCUAACAUACAUGGUGGCAUCCUUGCUCGACGAGACCUUAAGCAUCACAUGGAUGCUCUGGAUGAGCACGGAAUUGGAACCUUUGAUCUUGUUGUUGUCAAUCUAUACCCCUUUUAUGAUAAAGUAACUUCAGCUGGAGGUGUUCAUUUUGAGGAGGGCAUUGAGAAUAUUGAUAUUGGUGGACCUGCAAUGAUCAGAGCUGCUGCGAAGAAUCACAAGGAUGUUUUGGUGGUGGUCGAUCCGCAAGACUAUCCUGCACUGUUAGAUUACCUGAAUGGGGGUCAGGAUGAUGUUCUGUUCCGUAGGAAGCUUGCCUGGAAGGCCUUUCAGCAUGUAGCCGCUUAUGAUUCUGCUGUUUCCGAGUGGCUGUGGAAGCAGACUGGAGCAGAUAAAUUUCCUCCCAGCUUUACCGUACCACUGUCCCUUAAAAGCUCUCUUAGGUAUGGAGAGAAUCCUCACCAAAAAGCUGCAUUUUACGUUGACAAGAGUCUCGCUGAGGUUAAUGCUGGGGGUAUUGCUACAGCUGUUCAACAUCAUGGAAAGGAGAUGUCAUAUAAUAACUACUUGGAUGCUGAUGCUGCUUGGAAUUGCGUUUCUGAAUUCAAGGAUCCUACUUGUGUUGUGGUAAAGCAUACAAAUCCAUGUGGAGUAGCUUCACGUGAUGACAUCAUUGAAGCAUACAGGCUAGCUGUCAAAGCAGAUCCAGUUAGUGCCUUUGGUGGCAUUGUAGCCUUCAAUGUUGAAGUUGAUGAGGCUCUUGCAAAGGAUAUUCGCGAGUUUAGAAGCCCUACCGAUGGUGAGACUCGGAUGUUUUAUGAAAUUGUGGUUGCACCCAAGUACACAGAAAAGGGACUUGAGGUACUUCGUGGAAAGUCAAAGACCCUAAGAAUCCUUGAGGCAAAGAAGAACGAUGAAGGAAAACUUUCUUUACGGCAAGUUGGAGGUGGUUGGUUGGCUCAGGAAUCUGAUGAUUUUACUCCAGAGAAUAUACAAUUUAAAGUUGUCUCUGAGAAAACCCCGACAGAAAAGGAGUUAGGUGAUGCACAAUUUGCCUGGCUUUGUGUAAAACAUGUAAAGAGCAAUGCUAUAGUGAUUGCAAAGAACAAAUGCAUGCUAGGCAUGGGUAGUGGGCAACCAAACCGUCUUGAAAGUUUAAGGAUUGCUAUGAGAAAGGCCGGAGAUGAAGUCAAAGGAGCAUCUUUGGCCAGUGAUGCUUUCUUUCCAUUUGCGUGGAAGGAUGCAGUAGAAGAGGCUUGUGAGAGCGGUGUAAGCGUCAUAGCAGAACCUGGUGGUAGCAUUAGAGAUAAGGAUGCAGUCGACUGCUGCAAUAAAUAUGGCGUCUCACUUCUUUUUACUGAAGUGAGGCACUUCCGACACUAACCGUGUAUCUAGAUGGUCUGUAGAUGCGGUUGCGCUUUCUCGGCCCACAAUCAUUGAAGGUUGUCAUGCCCGGCUAAUAAUCUUUUGAGCUACUUGGAGAAGUGUUGAUGGACCAAAAUAUGAUAUUUGUCAUUUGGUUCAAGACCGUAUUGAUUUUGGCUUCUUCAAUUAUAAAGGAUGUGUUGUAGUCUAUCCAUCUCAACAAUGAGAUUGCUCUCUACCAAAUUUUCUGUUCCUAAAGUAUAAAUUAUAGAGCAUGAAUCGGAUUCCAACAGAAAUAAGGUAUUUAUACUUCCUCUGUAUUUAAACGUAUUAUUUCUCAAAAAAUUAAGUAUUAUUCGCAAAAUCAUUAUA